AUGGAUCCGGUGUGCCGGUAUAGAUGGAUUCGUCACAUCCGCGAGCAGCCAGAGGAGCGGCAGCAGGACAUUGAGUCCUCAUGGUCCUACUUUGAAGAGUGGACCCUCACACUUAUCCAAGACGCAACGACGAUCGAAGCGACAACCAUGACCCAGCUCACACGAUUACACCAAGCUGAAGAUCAGGAUCCUCGAGAAUUCCAUGCUCACCUGGAUAGCCUCGAGCAGCAUUUCCCUCGACAAGAUGAGAAACAGCGAGCCUUCUUCUUUCUUUCGAAGCUCACGACGAACCUCCGUCGGUAUAUCCAAGGACAUGUUAUUCACCUUCCCACCAACCGAGAUGAGAUCGUGUCCUUGGCCACCCGUUUCUGGAACCUUUCGAAACCGGACCGCAAGCGAAAGGCCGAAGGGCCGCCGUCGGAUCAUAUUCCUUCAAAGCGUGGAAGAGGUGGAUUCCGAGGAUCCCACCGAGGUCAGCGAGGCGGCCUCAACCGACCUUCGCACAACCCGCCGAAGGAUAAGGACACUGACUACUCCGCCAAUGCACGCCGAAACCCUAUUGGAAGGGACGGUAAGCUGUUACGCUGCUAUAUUUGUGAUAGCGAAGAACACCUCUCGCCCGACUGCCGUAAGCAGAACACUACCGCGCAGUCAGCCACUCAACAAGCACGACCACAGAACAAUUCGGGAAAUGGCCGCGAAUCAAAGUAG